AUGGCCGACGAGACUGCACUGCAGCCCGCACUAGAGCCCGUCGAGAGGCCGCUGGCGCUGAUCCCCGUUGUGAUCAAAGAAGCGGCCCUCGACUCGCCCACGUUCCGCGCGACCGCCGUCCACUUUGGCGACCAGAUCGAGCUGAUAGAGCGAUGGCUCGACAACUAUGUCCGCACGGCAUCCAAGCUCACCGCCGAGCUGAACAAUGUGCAAACACUCGUAGACGCAUACAUACAAGCCUCGCAUCCUCCAUUGCAGCUGUCCGAAGCUGUCCUCGACCAUGACUACACCGUUCUGGCGCUGAAACGGUUCGGAGAGGGGGCACGUGAGUUCUGGAACAGCACCAUACGGAGCAUGAAGAGGGCGGAGAGCACUGUCUGCGAGCCAAUACGAGCAUUCCUGUCCAACGACCUGCGCAUGCUCAAGGAGGCGCGCAAGAACCUCGACUCGACCCAGCGCAUCUUCGACGGAGCCAUUGCGCGAUACGCGGGGCAGGUCAAGGCCAAGGAGCCGUCUUCACUGCGAGAAGAUGCCUUCCAGCUGCAUGAGGCGAGGCGGGCCUACCUCACCGCCAGCAUGAACUUUUGUGUCAUGGCUCCCCAGGUCAGAUUGACCCUCGAUAAGAUCCUGGUCAAGGUGGUCAACGAGCAAUGGCGCGAUAUGCGCGUCGCAAGAGAGACGUCGACCAAGGUCCUGGCUACCUGGACGUCGGAUGUGGAGCGUGUGCGUGGCUGGAGCAAGGAGAUGGAGAACGGCGAGCGCGUCUUCAAGCGAGAGCUACACCUGGCGCGGCAGCAAGUAGAGCACGCAGCCGAAGUCGCUGCCCGCCCGUCGCGAGAGCUCGAAACAUAUGCCGCAUCGACCGUCCCAUAUCUCGGCACCCAGCCAUCCUCAGCCAACAUCCAGUCGCCCGCCAAACCAAACUUUGGUAGCGAAAAGGCAGAGAAGCAGGGCUGGCUCUUCCAGCGCACCAUCACCGGCAAGCCUGCGCGCACAUACUGGGUUAGGAGGUGGUUCUUCGUCAAGGACGGUAUCUUUGGCUGGCUCACACAGGGCACGCGGUCAGGCGCAGUUGAGGAGUCGGAGAAGAUCGGCGUCUUACUGUGCGGUAUUCGCCCAGCAUUCCAAGAAGAGCGAAGGUUCUGCUUCGAAGUGAAGACAAAAGACACGACUAUCCUCCUGCAAGCCGAGACGCAGGGCGACAUCACCGAAUGGAUAUCAUCUUUCGAGGUGGCCAAGCGCAAAGCUCUGGAGGCCACUUCAAGAGAAGCAUCCAGCGCUCUGGGCUCCAUUGACGCUGCUUUCUCCAUCAGCCCCCCUGUCGCGCCCGAGUUUGCUGCAAAGACCUCAGAUGGCCAUGCAGCCCAUCCAAGUGACGACAUCGGCAGCAUAGAUCGCACCGAAACCCUUGCCCUCCCUAGUAAUGAUGCUGCCCGUGGUAGCUUCGACGUCCCUCGACGUAACACAACGGUUGAACCGGGGAGCGAGAGCAGUCGUGCCAGGAUCAUGGAGAAGCUUGACCUGACGCGAAAGUCUGCAGUAAGCCCUCAGCUGAGUGGCAACCCCUCUUCAGCAUCUGGUGGCAUUGCUAGCCUCAUCUCUGCAAGUCUUGCCUCAGCUAGUCAUAACAUCGUACAGGUUGGACAGAUAUCAGCUCCUGCACCUGGGCUUCCAGAUACGCGACUUGUCAUGGGCCAGACUUUGCCUUACACCAGUCUGGCUCCGUCCACCCUUGCAAGCCCGCCCGCACCAACCAACCUCAGUAAAGCUGCGGUUGCUGUGAGUGGAGAGCGCGGACUGGGCAUCGGCCGAUCAGGUAACAUGCCUGGUGGAUUGAUGGCCAAUUUGUGGGGCUCUGUGAACUGGGGAUAUGUCGACCUCUUGUCCCGCGAUGAGGGCAAGUCUGGUCCCCCAAGUCCACUCGAACCUUCACCGGUGCUUGAACCAACCAAAGACCAGACCGAAAUUGAAGCCAAACCUGGAGAGUCAGCUAUUGUAACACAUCGCAAGUCUACGAGUAUGGGAGGUCUCGUGCCAACACAGAGUCGAAAUGCCGUCAGUGUGGACGAGUUUCCAAUGCAGUACCCUCCCGCACUUCGCAUGCAAGAUGCCCAAUUCCGCAUCCUAUUCCCAACAGUUCCGCGUGACGAAAAGGUCGUGUUGGUGUUCCGCGCUGUUUGGAAUCCCACCGAGCAACAAGAGUUUCCGGGCCGCGUCUAUGUCACUUCCAAAAAUGUCUACUUUUACAGUAAUCAUCUCGGACUUGUGCUUAUCACUGGUAUCAGCAUGGCAUCCAUCGACGAAGUGACCGCAGCUCCUGGCAAAGAUUGUGACUUCCUGUUCUUCCACUUCAAGUCCGGAGCACGAGAGGAUGGCGCUACCAGGCUUACCGUCAAGACCUUCUUGGAGCCACUGAAGCUCCUUCUGCGGCGACUGAAUUUUCUGGUCAAGAAUGCUACCACAGGAGAGCAUAACCUCGAAGACACUAUCAAGAGGCUCAUCAAGCUCGAAACAGAUGACAACCAACCGUCAGAGGGCGAUGAUGGCUGGGAAGAAAUCUCGCCCGACACGCCUGUGGAUCCAGGUUACGGCGGAAAGAACAUCAAGACCAGUCUUCGUAUUGAUGGCAACCUUUUUGGACCCACCGGAGCGGGCGCUGCGAAGACUGCCACAAAAUUCAAGUUGCCGUCACACCCUGUGGUCUUCACGCCAUCUGGCAUGACCCAGGUUGCUGUCGAGAAAGAGUACGACAUCAGCGCCAAAGGGCUCUUCCACAUCCUCUUUGGCGAUAAGAGCGCAGUGUUCCAGCUGCUAUACAGAGAACGAUGGGCGCAACGUGUUGUUCAGGGCCCAUGGGUAACAAAAGAUAAAGCCCUGCAACGGCGAGAUUUCGAGUACGAGAUCAUACAGUCGGGCAAGAACGAGCGUACUGUCAUCAACGACUAUCAGGUUAUUGAAGUCCUGAAUGACCAUUUGUGCUACGUCGUCACGGACAAGAAGACGCCCUGGUACCUGCCCGGCAACGAACGCUUCGUCCUGCAUAGCAAAAUUGUCAUCACACACGUUCACAAAGCGCGCUGCAAGCUUUCGAUCUAUUCGAAGAUAGACUGGAAACGCAACCCACGCUUUGCAAAGAAGCUCAUUGAGCGCCAGGGCCUACAAGACAUGGAGCUUGAGGCACAAGAUCUUGUUGACGUUGUCAACGAUCAGAUCGCGCGCUUAGGGCACAACAGAACCACUGCCAAGGUUACCAAUAUAUUUGGCUUGCUGGGUGUACAAGCGCAAGCAGUACAGAUGACAGCACAAGACAUACCACCACCAAAUCGACCCCGCAAAUUCAAGCUGCGACCACAGACUACUGGGUCGUUCAUUGCACAAUACAUUGGAAAUAUCAUCAUCAGCAUAGUAUCAACAGUGAUGAGUUGGAUAUUAGCCGCAUUCGCUGGCCUCGCCAACGUCAUCUCAGCUCACAAGUUGCUCGUUGUACUUCUAGUCUUGAGCGGCGGCGCAAACUUCAUCUACACAUCAAAAGAAGGCACACGUCGCCUGCACCGCACGCGGCAGAAUCUCGGCUCGCAUCGCCACGACCUGCUCGUCGCGCUGCGUGUGGUCAAUCGCAUUGAGAAGGAGGUCGUCGAAGCCGAGUAUGAGAAUUGGCUGCUGGAUGAGACAGAUAAGUGCGAGCGCGUGGGCGCGGUAAUUGGGGAUGGGGGGAAGAAGGGUGAGAAGGCGGUCGAGGCGUGGGUUAAGGGGUAUUGUGGGGAUUGUAGGAGGAGUCUGACGGGGGUGAGGGAGGGGCGGCGGGGUUUGAUGUGA